AGGAGAAGCUGGCAGUGUACCUUUGGAGGAUGUUUUGAAUUUUUGUAUAGAACUUCAGGAUGUUCUUCAGAAUUAUGAACCUAAAGAUAUAUUUAACUGUGAUGAAACAGCACUUUUUUGGCGUCAACAUGUUAUUGCUAGUACUAUUAUUCAUAGCUGGGACAGAGCCGGAAUACUUUCACCUAGAGAAAAUUUUGAUGAUAACCUUACCUUGAUGUCAGAAAAAACUGAAGAACAGAGCGCACAAAAAUAUAUUGAAAUUGAUAGUUAUGUAAAUAUUGAGGAAAAUUUAACUGUAGAUAAUAUUGUCAAUUUAGUAAAUGGGCAAGAUGAGUGUGAAUCAGAAAAAGAACAAAAUGAAGUAGUAGUUAAAAUUAGUAAUACGAUUGUGGAACUUGAUAACUUGUUAAAAUAUAUUCAGCAAAAUGAGUUGGAAAUUACUUUAUCCUUAAUGAAGGAUUUAUGUAAUUUUAAAAGAUAUAUAGCUUAUUUGUGUAAUGAAAAUAGGAGACAAUCUACAUUAGAAGAAUUUAUUAACCUUAUUGUUUAG